CACCAUCAUUGGAUCUGGAUUCUGGUGCCACUCUCUCUUACUCCUCUGUUUUUUCUCCAUGGCUAGGGUUUUGAUGCUACUAGUAAGCACGAAUGGUACAACUACUGUCUAGUCAUCUCGCAUGAAACAGGUGUUAAUCAACAUUUAUUUGGGGUGAUCAUAUAUUUUUUUCCUAAAAUAAAUUUAGAGAGAGCAACAAAAUGUGGAGGCUGAAGAUAGCAGAUGGUGGAAAAGAUCCAUACAUUUUCAGCACAAACAAUUUUGUAGGAAGACAGACAUGGGAAUUUGAUCCUGAGGCAGGAACUCCAGAGGAACGAGCUCAAGUUGAAGCAGCUCGUCAAAAUUUCUAUAACAACCGUUUCAAGUUCAAGGCCUGUGGUGACCUCCUUUGGCGCUUUCAGAUUCUGAGAGAAAAUAACUUCAAAGAAACAAUAUCUAGUGUGAAGAUAGAAGAUGGAGAGGAAAUUACAUACGAAAAAGUCACAGCCACGAUGACAAGGGCCGCACAUUAUCUAUGUGCAUUACAGACUAGUGAUGGUCAUUGGCCUGCACAAAUUGCAGGAGCUAUGUUUUUUGUUCCUCCUUUGGUUUUUUGUAUGUACAUUACAGGACAUCUUGAUUCAGUAUUCCCCGAAGAGUAUAAAAAAGAAAUUCUUCGUUACAUGUACUAUCACCAGAAUGAAGAUGGAGGAUGGGGACUACACAUUGAGGGUCACAGCAACAUGUUUUGUACUGCACUAAACUAUAUAUGUAUGCGAGUUCUUGGAGAAGGCCCUAAUGGAGGUCAUGACAAUGCUUGUGCUAGAGCAAGAAAAUGGAUUCAUGAUCAUGGUGGUGUAACACACAUACCAUCAUGGGGAAAAACUUGGCUUUCGAUUCUUGGGGUAUAUGAUUGGUAUGGAAGCAAACCAGUGCCCCCAGAGUUUUGGGUUCUUCCUUCAUUUCUUCCUAUGCAUCCAUCUAAAAUCUGGUGUUACUGUCGAUUGACAUAUCUACCUAUGUCUUACUUAUAUGGGAAGAGGUUUGUGGGUCCAAUCACACCACUUAUCUUACAAUUGAGAGAAGAGCUCUUUACUCAACCGUAUGAAAAGGUUAAUUGGAAGAAAGCACGUAACCAAUGUGCAAAGGAAGAUCGUUAUCAUCCUCAUUCUUUGAUACAAGACCUGGUAUGGGAUAGUUUAUACAUAUUUAUUGAGCCACUACUUACUCGGUGGCCUUUCAACAAGCUAGUAAGAGAAAAGGCCCUUCAGGUAACAAUGAAGCAUAUCCUUUACGAAGAUGAAAAUAGUCGAUACAUAACCAUUGGGUGUGUGGAAAAGGCUUUAUAUAUGCUUGCUUGUUGGGUGGAAGAUCCAAAUGGAGAUGCUUUCAAGAAGCAUCUUGCAAGGGUUCCAGAUUACUUAUGGGUUUCUGAAGAUGGAAUGGCCAUGCAGAGUUUUGGUAGCCAAGGAUGGGAUGCUAGUUUGGUUAUUCAAGCUUUGCUUGCCACUAACCUAAUGGAGGAAAUUGGUCCUACACUUGCAAAAGCACAUGAUUUCAUCAAGAAGACUCAGGUGAAGGAUGACCCUUUAGGAGAUUUUAAGAGUAUGUAUCGUCAUAUUUCUAAAGGGUCUUGGACAUUCUCUGAUCAAGAUCAGGGAUGGCAAGUUUCUGAUUGCACGGCAGAAACUUUGAAUUGUUGUCUACUUCUAUCCAUAUUGCCAUCAGAGAUUGUAGGAGAAAAGAUGGAACCUCAAAGGUUAUAUGAUUCAGUCAAUAUCCUAUUGUCACUUCAAAGUAGAAAAGGUGGUUUAGCAGCAUGGGAACCAUCAGGAACUCAAGAAUGGUUGGAAAUACUCAAUCCCACAGAAUUUUUAGGGAACAUUGUGGUUGAACAUGAUUAUGCUGAGUGCACUGGAUCUGCUAUUCAAGCUUUAGUUUUGUUUAAGAAGCUAUAUCCAAGGCAUAGGGAGAAAGAGAUAAAGAAUUCCAUUGCCAAUGCAGUUCAAUUCCUUGAAGAUACACAAACAGCUAAUGGUUCAUGGUAUGGAAGUUGGGGAGUUUGCUACAUUUAUGGCACUUGGUUUGCACUUCGUGGUCUUGCAGCGGCGGGUAAAACUUACACUAAUUGUGCUGCCAUUCGCAAAGGCGUUAAAUUUCUACUUUCAACACAGAAAGAGGAUGGUGGGUGGGGAGAAAGUUAUCUUUCAUGCCCAAAACAGAUAUAUGUACCUCUUGAAGGAAGUCGAUCAACAGUUGUGCACACUGCUUGGGCUCUUUUGGGUCUAAUUCUUGCUGGACAGGCAGAGAGAGAUACUACUUCUCUUCACCGUGCUGCAAAAUUGCUCAUCAAUUCUCAGUUGAAAGAGGGUGAUUGGCCUCAACAGGAACUCACUGGAGUAUUCAAUAGAACGUGCAUGCUGCAUUACCCAAUGUACAGAAAUAUUUAUCCAAUGUGGGCUCUAGCUGAAUAUCGUAGGUUGGUUCCCUUGCCAUCCACUGAAGUUUAAUUUGAAAAGUUGUGCCCAUAAAAAGGCAAAGCCAUGUCAACAAACAUUAAGACAUUGUUUUUCAUCUUAUGGCUCUUUUUAGUUUUGUAAAGACACAAGGCUUAACUCUUUUAUGUUAUGGUAAUGGAUAUUAUGCGAUCGAAUGCUUGCA